AUGAAGUGGGGGGCAGAACGCGAGGCGAAGGAUAAGGCCAAACAGGAGGCAUUCGAACGCGCCUAUGCUCUGGCUGGUCUUACAGAGGAACUCGAAGUCCUGAAAGAGAAAUUCCGUGCCCUCGAAACAGACAACCGCUCGAGCACCCUCGAAGUCCGCGCCCAUGAGAUUCGGAAAGAGGAUUUCGGAAGACUGUCAAUAGCAGAGGGCGACCUCGCCUUUUGA